AUGCGUAAACUCGAGUAUCUGCUUUUGUUGACAGGCGUUGUCUUUGUUGCUGCUACAAACUCGCCUGUGCAGCAGCAACAACAGUCACUCUCGACGCCAUCCAGACCCAACGUCAUCUUCAUUCUGACAGACGACCAGGAUGUCCAUCUAGACUCGCUGAAUUACAUGCCCUUUGUCCAGAAACAUCUCGUCGACAAAGGCACCUCCUAUCGCAGCCACUACUGCACAACCAGCGUCUGUUGUCCCUCGCGUGUCACGCUGUGGACAGGGAAGCUCGCGCACAAUACCAACGUCACCGACGUCAAUCCUCCGUACGCUGUAGGUGGCUAUCCCAAGUUCAUCUCGCAAGGAUUCAACGACAAUUACCUCCCCGUAUGGCUGCAGCAGGCUCACUACAACACAUACUACACUGGAAAAUUGUUCAAUGUCCACACGGUAGACAACUAUGAUUCUCCGUUCCCAGCGGGAUUCACUGGAACGGACUUCCUCCUCGACCCCUUCACGUACGACUACCUCAACAGCACUUUCCAGCGCGACAAGGAGAAACCCCAGAGCUAUGAAGGUGAGUAUCUGACCGACGUCCUCACUCAAAAGGCGUAUCGCCUUCUCGACGAAGCCGUGCACGCUGCCAAUCCAUUCUUCCUGACCAUCGCCCCCAUCGCGCCUCACUGCAACGUCUUCAUGAACGGGACUGGGCUGGACAAAAACCCCGUCUUCAGCUUCAGUGCGCCUAUUCCCGCCAAGCGACACGAGCAUCUCUUUGAAGGUGUAAAGGUUCCUCGCACAGAGUCUUUCAACCCAGAUGAACUCUCUGGAGCCAACUGGAUCCGGACGUUGAAGAAACAGAAUGAAAGCAACGUCGAGUACAACGAUUACUUCUACCGGUCACGUCUGCGCGCUCUGCAGGCCGUUGACGAACUGGUCGAUGGCCUCUUCGCCCGCCUGCAUCAGCACAACCUCCUGGAUAACACUUAUGUCGUCUACAGCAGCGACAACGGUUACCACAUCGGCCAGCAUCGGAUGCAACCGGGCAAGUCCUGCGGCUACGAGGAGGACAUCAACGUGCCCCUCAUCAUCCGAGGGCCCGGCGUGGCCGAGAAUGCCAGCACGGAUGUCGUCACAACACAUACAGACCUAGCUCCGACGUUUCUCCAGCUUCUUGGGAUUCCCCUGAGAGUAGACUUUGACGGAGCUGCCAUCCCUCUGACCCCGAGAGAGAUCGAGGCUGCGCUUGAGACGCGCCAGGAACACGUCAACGUCGAAUACUGGGGGUUCGCCGCCGGGGAGGGAAUAUACGACUUUGAUCUAUCCGCAUACAACAACACUUACAAGGCCCUGCGAAUCACCGGGAAGGGAUAUAACCUAUACUACGCUGUGUGGUGCAACAACGAGCACGAACUCUACGAUAUGAACGAGGAGCGGAGCAUUGCUAAUCCGAUCAAGACGGAUCCCCAUCAGAUGCACAACCUCCUACUCGACAAAGAGGAAGCCACUAUUCUCAUGCACCACCCCAUCCCCAAACUAGUCGCCCGUCUUGACGCCCUCCUCCUUGUCCUCAAAUCGUGCAAGGGCGCCUCCUGCGUGGAACCUUGGAGGGCACUACACCCGCGCGGCGGCGUGGACACGCUGGCAGACGCUCUCUCGGCACGCUACGAUCGUUUCUAUGAGCUCGAGCAGCCGCGCGUGCGCUUCAACGAGUGCGAGCGUGGGUUUCUUCUUCAUUCCGAGGGGCCGCAGUUUGAGAGCGCGGGGAAGAUGUUUCGCGACGGCUUGCCGUGGUAUGAAUGGGUUUAA